AGAGAGUUCCCAGCUCUUUCUAGAGCAACAUUAUAAAUAGCCUCAUUUGAGAUAAAGUGUCCAUCUACCUAUCCUCUAUUUCCUAAGAAGUUUCCAUCUACCUAUCCUCGAUGUCCACUCCAAUUAGUUGUAAUAGUAGGGUUUUGAUUUUAGUUUUGUUGGCAAUUUCUCUUGUUUAUGGAAAUGCAAGAAGUCUAUCCAAAGAAGAAUACAUGGAAUUGAAGGCACAGCUCAAGGUUCUUAAUAAGCCUGCUGUCAAGAGCAUUCAGACUGAACAUGGCGACAUCUUCGAUUGUGUGGACAUGUAUAAGCAACCUGCUUUCGAUCAUCCUUUGUUGAAGAAUCACACAAUCCAGAUGAGGCCCACUUCCUAUCCAGAAGGGAUGGAAAAUCAAGACCCUUUAAAUGCCAAUCUACAUAUUGGGCUUAAGGAUAGUGGAUGCCCACUUGGAACUGUACCCAUUCGACGGACUAAAAUGCAAGAUUUAAUGAGAACAAAAUCUCUCUCUGAUUAUGGUCGAAAAAAUGUAGAAAAUGGGUCCCAACUCAACUCCCCAUCUGGUCAUCACUAUGCUAUUGCAAACUUGUUGGAUCAGGUGCUUGGAACCCAAGUGACUGAAUGUGUGGGACCCAAUACUUCAAGAUCAAAGUCAAUUCAGUUUGGCCCAGUUAUGGAUUGUCAAUGGCCAAUCAGAUCAACUCAAUACGAUAGAGGCUGGAUGGAUCGUAACCUCUCAUUUGAUAGUGUCCAUCUACCUAUCCUCUGUUUCCUAACAAGUGUCCAUCUACCUAUCCUCUGUUUCCUAACAAGUGUAUCCUCGAUGUCCACUCCAAUUAGUUGUAAUAGUAGGAUUUUGAUUUUAGUUUUGUUAGCAAUUUCUCUUGUUUAUGGAAAUGCAAGAAGUCUAUCCAAAGAAGAAUACAUGGAAUUGAAGGCACAGCUCAAGGUUCUUAAUAAGCCUGCUGUCAAGAGCAUUCAGACUCAACAUGGUGAUAUCGACUGUGUGGACAUGUAUAAGCAGCCUGCUUUCGAUCAUCCUUUACUGAAGAAUCACACAAUCCAGAUGAGGCCCACUUCCUAUCCAGAGGGGAUGGGAAAUCAAGACCCUUCAAAUGCCAAUCUAGAGAUUGGGCUUAAAGAUGGUGGGUGUCCACUUGGGACCGUACCCAUUCCACGGACUAAAAUACAAGAGUUAAUGAGUGCAAAGUCUCUCUCUCAUUUUGGCAGAAAAAAUCUGGAAAAUAGACGACUAUACUCCACAGCUGGUCAUCAUCAUGCUAUUGCAAGUUUGUCUAGUCAGGUGUAUGGAACCCAAGUGACUAUGAAUGUGUGGAGCCCACAACUACAAGAUCAAAGGCAAUUCAGCCUGGCCCAGUUAUGGCUUCUCAAUGGCCUAAAUGAUCAGCUCAAUAGCAUAGAGGCUGGAUGGCAUGUAUAUCCUGGACUGUAUGGCGACUCGGUUCCACGGCUGUUUGUAUAUUGGACAGCAGAUGGUUACACAAGCACCGGCUGCUACAAUCUGAAGUGCCCUGGUUUUGUACAAGUUAGCGGAGAUAUAGCCGUUGGCUCUAUCAUACAACCAUCUUCUACCUACAACGGAGAUCAAGAGGAAACCACCUUCCAAGUAUUCAAGGAUUCAAGUACUGGUAAUUGGUGGCUGAUAUACGGAAACACUCAAGUGGGAUACUGGCCUAAGUCACUUUUCACAAGCUUGGCUGACAGUGCCUCUGUAGUUGAAUGGGGUGGUGAGGUGUAUACUGAAAGCACCCAAAGCCCCCAAAUGGGUAGUGGCCAUUUUCCUGAUGAAGGGUUCAAAAAGGCCUCUUAUAUGAGAAAGCUGAUGUUUGUGGACAACACCAACACUUUAAACGACAUCCCCGGUAACAGCCCUCUCUAUCAAGAUUUGCCUCAGUGCUACCAGGUGAUUGAUGGUGGCAACUUAGCUGGAGAUUGGGGUAGGAAUAUCUAUUUUGGUGGGCCAGGCGGAUGCUAGAGUUGUGAUGGACGGUGGAUUUUCAAUGGUUUUAUGCACUGUAAGCUUGACUCACAUAUGGGUUUUCUAACUAAGUGAUAAAUAAAUGGAGGAUUUAUCAAAAAUUCCCUACA